AUGGCCUCCAGAAUCACCUGGAUACACCCAGUACGAGCUAUCCAAGUUCUAUUGGGCAUCGCCGUCUUCGGUCUUAUCAUUUAUGUCCUCAGCGUCUAUAAAUACGACAGCGUCUCGGAAUUUAUGCUCUUCAACGGAAUAUGGACCGGAUUCUUCGCAACGCCCUACCUCGCCCUGGCACCCAUACACUUCGCCAAACUCUCGCACCGGGUUGUCGUGCCUGUCGUGGAAACGAGUACCAUGAUUCUGUGGUUGGUGGGGGUCAUUCUGCUUGGGAUCGACCUGCCUUCUUCCAAGAAGUGCAAAUCUGCGGGUUGCGAGGCGACGCUGGCAGUUGUUGUGAUUGCGGCGGUUGAAUGUGCGUUGUUUGCGGUUACUGUCGUUCGAGCUAUCCGGAGUAGCGUGCAAGCACACUUGCGGACCGCCGCAAGGGCCCAGCAGCCAGCCCCUGAAGCCGAAGCCAGCGGUGCGAACCGUGCCAUGGAGUCGGUAUAG